AGGCAAAGGGUGGCUAGGAUACAGCUGUUGUUGCCUUUCAGGAGCUAACAGCCUAUUUCUACACACUUUAUAGGAAAUCUGUUUUGGAUUAUUUGGAGUCAAGCUUUCAGGUUUCCUUUAGGGCUUGGAGGUAGACAGACUUCACUGACAAGAUGAGGAUGUAGGAGGUUGAUUAGAAUGGGAUUACAGCUCCACAGGCUGACAAGAAGCAGGAUAAUUGUGGGAUUCAUGAGGGUCAAGAAAAGGAACAGGGAACAAGAGAAGAUAAACAGGACAUGUGACAAGUGGUGAAAACAAACACUGCUUUCUGAAGAGGGAAAACAGUGGUAAAUAUAAAGUGGACAAACGUAUCGCUUACCAAAGAUGCUGUUGAAAUAGUCACCCGAGGCUCUUCAUAAGAUGGGCUGCGUGAAAUCAAAACAAACUUUCCCAUUUCCUACCACAUUUGAGAAUGAUAAGCGACAUACAAGUAAAGAAAGCUUUGUGUCAGAAGAGAGAGUUCUACCUAGGAUGGCUUCUGCAGAUGAUAUCAAAGAAGUGGUGAAGGAACCCUCAGGGUCCAACGUUGUGAUCUUCGAAUUCGCACACCGCCUCUCCCAGAAAAUCUUGAGUGAAGCCAUAGAGCAGUGGGCAAGCAAUAACAUCAAGUACUAUGACAUUCCAUACAUUGAGAGUGAGGGGCUUGAUGCUGGUGGGCAGUGACACUCUCUUGACCUGUGGAUAUAGUUGGUGCUAGUUUAAAUACAUGACGCAAGAGCAAAAACUGGAAUGAAUAAAUAUAAGAAACUACCUGGAUGUAAACAAGUGUCUGAUAACAUCAAGAGUGUGUAGGAGCACCCAGAAGAAAUGUCUUUAACAGAAAUUUCUACCUGCUUGAUCUUGGAUUUUUAGUCAUUGAAGGGGUUAAGCAUAGGUCCUGUGGCACCAGAGUAACCAGCUGAAUGUCAUAGCAUUUUCUUCCUAAGGUUAGUAGCAGAUCACCAAAGAAAUAAAGUGCUCAAGUUUCCAAAUGGUUAUUUUUUAAAGACACCUCUUUCCAUUUACAUACAAAGUGUGAAGAGUAUUUUUCUUGAGUCCUUGUGAAAGGAAUGACACUCAAGCCAUAGUGAUUAAUAGUUACUGGUCUAGUAUGUCAAAGCCAUUUGUAUCAAGAAUUCCUACUGCUUAACACAAGUGAUCAAACAUUAGUGCAACCCAGAUAGAAAACCCUGUCCCUAAGAUAUUUUUGUAGAAAAAAGCAAAACUUACUACCGUGAAUCUCAGGGUUACAACCAACCACAGCUGUUACUGAAUGACUCAGACUUGUUAUAUAAGGCACCUUAAUAGAGUAAAAUUUACAUAAGCCAUGACAUGUUUAUUGCAUCAUAUUAAGCCCAGUGAUAUACCUGUACAAGAAAAUAGAAGUCCUCAGCAAGGUAGAAAGCAGAACUGGGUUCAGGGCUGAAUGUGUGAUAAGCUUUACCAUCUCACAGAUGCAGAGGGGUGAUCUACGGGCACACCCCUUUUCUCUAUUGACUAGUGAGACAGAUUGUAUAUAAGAAUUUAUCAUUGUGUAACAAAAGACUGAACAUUCCCUGAAGACAUAACUUAGAGAAAAAGUGGGACUGAGUCUACAGUUACUGUUUCAUCAAGUUUUGUACACAUUGAGUCUAACUGGAAAGGGAAUUAUUUAAUGCUAUGUGUAUUACAUCCUUUAAGACCUAACUCUUGUGCUUAAGAUCUAAAGAAAGGCAGGAAAAGACCUGUGAUCUCUUUAAUGAGAUAAAUAUGUAUUUGGCUUUGUAAACAGGCAGAAAUGCUACCUCUGAUUUUAACAAUUAUACUUUGAUUCCCAGGGGUGUAACAGGGAUACCUGCCAGACCCACCACUAACUAGAAGUCUAAUCUCUGUCAUCAAUUCUGUCACCAAGCAAGCAAUACUCCCUGGCCCCUGGAUCAUUUUAUAGAAUAUUUUAUGACAUACAAAGACUUAGCUUGGAAAUGUACACUGACUGGAUUCUAUGUCAAACCAUGGGCAGGGAACUACAAGGCUUGCAUAAUUAUCCCUUUGCACUCCGAACCAUUCUGGACAUUGGCUACCAAUGUCCCCUGAGAGGGGACAGCGGAGUGCAAAGGGUUAAAAGUGAGUUAGUGGAUAACCAAGUGGUGGGCAGGGAAGAGACAGAGCAAGAUAAACAAAUUUGUACUGCAUGUGAUACAAGACAUAUUAGUCAGGCUUCUGUAUCCACAGGUCCCACAUGCAGGAUUCAACCAACUAUGGAAGAAAAAGACAUAUUACGUAGUUAGCUCAAUGAUGGUAGAUGGUCGCAUAUGUACUGAUGUGUACACACUUUGUCAUCCCCUAAACAAUACAUUCUAACAACUAUAGAGCAUUUAUACUGUAUUAAGUGUUAUAAGUAAUUUAGAGAUGAUUUAAAGUAUGCAUAGGUUAUAUGCAAGUACUAUGCCAUUUAAAAAAAAUUAAGCAUCUGUGAGUUUUGGUAUUGGGAGGGGAGCUCCUGGAAUAAGUCCUCUGAAUAUCAACGGACAACUGUAGUCUGGCCUUGAUGACAAAAUAGAUUAUCUUUAUAGGAUAAUUCCCCUUUUCAUACCUUCAUGUUUAAAUAUUGCAUUUACUUCAUCAUGAAGGUCUUUCAUAAACCGUAAGAGUAGAAGGACUUGUUUAAGAAAGGAGGAGACAUACAAAGCGAAGACAAAGAAUUGUUAGCUACUGGAAAGGUUCUAAUUUAUAUCACAAACAGAUUGAGAAUAGUGGCCAAAUUAGAAAGGAAACUGGGGAUGCAGAACCAAAAAACAGCACUAAUGUCCAGCUCCAUCAGAAGAUACACUGCAAGAACAAAUUUUCAAUGUUUGCAACUUAAGGACACUGUAGCUAGAAGUUCCAUUCUUUACCACUUAAAUGCACUCAGCCACUGUAUCUUCCCUCGAACGUCCAGUCAGCACAGGGGCAGCUUGACAAAGAACCCACAGAUGACAACUGUGGAAGCAGAUUAUCAGAGGAAAUGUGCCAGUCGCUCAUUUACAAAGACUCACAUAACCCCACAGAUGUGCUUCAGUGCGCCUGCCCCCACUUCGGUGUCUCUGUGGACCUUACCUUUCAGCUACAGGCCUUCGAUCUGAGAUGUCUUUCAGUUUCAGUUGCCUUAUCAGUUCUUUGCCAACUACCUAUGGUUAUUAGCACUUAAAGCACAAUUUUGAAGGGAUAAUAUGUUCUUUCUUAGUCCCAAAGGAACCAUUUGUGUCAAAUUGCCUUAUUAGUGUUAAAAACACUCUGAAGUAGCAUGAAACUCAUUUGCUCACUACCAUUGGCACUUCAAGUAUGUUCAUUUUAUGAGACAGAGUGAAAUACACUUUUGUACUAUACAGUUUUAGAAAUCAAAAGUUAGAGAUAAUUUAUAAUGUCAAGGAACAGCAAUUUAAAACAUAUAUAUUGUUUGCUUAAUCGUAAGGCCCUCAUCCUGUACUUGUCCAGUCAAAUAGGACGUGUCUUUGGUGGAGCUGUGGACACAGGUACAGAUGUGGUCCCUACAUAUCUUUGUUUGCGAAACUCAAGUUUUGUUAGUAAAUUGUUUCUCUGUAAGACAGCUAUGAGA